AUGCGAGUUUUCGUUAGUCUGUUUGUCUUUGUUAGUUUUCGCAUCCUUUCCACUGAAUCGGGAACAGCUCAUAGAGCCGAAGUGGUUUAUGAAUGGGUGUCCCUGGAUUAUGAUUGGCCGACAACCAGAAUGAAGUCUGACUACAUUUCCUCUGGAAAGUUUGUGAAGGAAAACAACAUAAUAACAGGCGUGAAGGUGUACAAAGGGGAGGUAUAUGUGUCUGUUCCCAGAAUGCGAGAAGGCGUUCCGUCUUCACUGAACAAGGUGGUCCUGAAGAAAGGUAAACCCGUUCUUCAGCCGUUCCCAGACUGGAAAUCUCAGACCAUCGGUGACUGUAACUCUCUGCAGUUCGUCCAAAGCAUGGAAGUGGAUCCUAAUCGUGGCUGGAUGUGGAUCUUAGACAUCGGUCGUCUGAACAUCCUUCCGGGGGUCACACCACGAAAUUUGUGCCCAGCCAAACUCCUGGUUUACGACAUCAACCGCCGAAUGUAUGUAAGACGUUACGAAUUUCCUGCCACGGUGGUUUCGCCAACGACAAACUUUCUGAACGACAUUGUAGUGGACAUCAUGAAUGGUAAACCAAGAUUUGCUUACAUAACCGAUACGUCUUUCGAAGACCCAGGUUUGGUGAUAUACAAUUUCCAAAACAACACUUCUCACAGGUUUAGGCACAAGACUAUGGGCCUCGAUCCCGAGGCUGUGAAUGUGACUAUAAAUAACGUGACGUACCCUAUGCCUGGCACAAUUGACGGCAUAGCUUUGUCAUCGGACUCUAACCACGUGUAUUUCUGCUCUCUGGCCGGUUACAAUUUGUUCCAGGUACCCACAGAAAUAGUGAGGUAUCCGAACGCUGAUUUCGCGGCCGCCGUUCGAAACGUUGGCAAGAAAGUUUCUCAGGCGGACGGCCUGGCGUAUGGCCAGAAGAACCUAUACUUCGGCGCUCUUGACCGUAACGCCGUGUACAAAUGGCAGAUUGACGCUGACGCCAAAGCACAGCACGGCUACGCCAACGUUCAGAUGAAGACUCAAACACCCGUCAUUUCUGAUAACGCCCGGAUGGAGUGGGUGGACACUUUCGCCUUCGACGAACACGGGUAUUUGUGGUUCACCACAAACUUUAUCCCCAAAUACCUUUAUCAAGUCAUGGACUUCUCUGAUUCUAACAAAUCAGCUAACAUGAGAGUCUGGAAGGUGAAUAUUGGGGAAAAAGGUUACCUGGACCACAGCGAUAAUGUAGAUCCACCAGUUGUAGGGUAG